AUGUGGCUGUGUCACCAUCAGUCCCGCCAAUCACUGCGGCGUCAGAGGCCGUGCAAAGUGGCCUUUGGACAGCAGGAGAGUGAUGUGGUUACAAGCAGCGGGCAGGCCAUGAACCGUCGGCAGAUGAUUUUGUUCCUAUCGCAGGCUUUUGCCGAGAGUGUGUCGGUGUGUAUCUCUCCCGUGCAGAGGAAGUUCUUCGCCGGUGACGCCGCUUCAGACGCCCCUAUCAACGACUCUGGGCCCCACAAACCACCAGAAUCGGAACAUGGGCAGGUGAGGAGCGCGGUGUCUCUAUCCCGCGAGGCCUCGGGGGGGCGGCCGCCGGGUGAGGCGCUGCCCGGGGACGAGGCCCUGGCCCUGCAGGACGCCAGCAGCGGCGUGGUGCGUCUGCGAGCCGGCGACCCGUUCUCUGAGGAGAUGAGCGCUCUGUGGCUGGGGGUCCAGAGUCUGGGCUUCACGCUGGUGUGCGAGCCUCACGAGAACCUGCUGCUGGCCGAGGGAACCCUCCGGACCCUGACCCGACACUGCCUGGAGCACCUGCACAUGCUGGGCCCGGGCAGCGAGGUGCUGCUGAGGAGCAACCGCAUCGACGCCCUGCUCAGCCGCCUCCUUCCUCACGGCCAGCUCCUCUUCCUCAACCACCGCUUCGCCCAGAGUCUGGAGAAGGACGUCGCAGCCUACAUGGCCAAGUGACCCCCCGGGACCCAUCGAGGCUCCGCCCACCUGACGUCCAGGGCGAGCUGCGUCCGUGCGAGCUCUCAAACAAACAAGUCAACUCUCGUUUACCUCCGGUGACACUUCUGCGUCGGUGGAAGAAGCACGGACGACUGGCAGCUGCUGGUUCAGAUAACAGGAGGUGGUAAACACACAGAGUGGUAAACAUUUCCCCCUCAGCCACUCGCAGCUCACUCCUGACUGUUUACUGUGUGGGAGGCUUCAGUUCAAAUCCUGUUUGUCAAAUCGAGGAGUGGAAAGGAGAAUGUGUCAGAUUAAAGAGUGCGGCUGAAGAGGCCAGUUAAGACCUACUCACCCGCACCAGAGACGGACACUUAUCUAAUUCCCCGCACUUCAAAUGUCAACGCGUGACCUUGGAUCACCAAGACUUCACCUGCUCUUUUCGACAGUUCUCCGAGUAUAAAAGAAUCUUGAGAGUGCUCUGUCGGCGAGUCGUGACUUCCAGCCGAGCGGAGCUGUUCCAGGAGAGUGGGAGGAAACCGGAGCCAAACAGCCGAAAGACUAAAUCAAAGCCAAACCAGUUUAACAUCAUUCUUUGAACCAAAUAUGUCAGAAUCCUUGAGACAGCGAGGACAAAGGGAGAAAGACGGGCGAUGACAUGAAAUAUUUUUAAAAACACAAUGGAUGAAUGAGGACAUGUUGGCAAGAAGAACAAACAUGCAGACGUUCAGACAACAAAUAACAAAUCUAUUCCCAUAUCUGAACAUCUGUUGUACCUCUGACAGCACCCCCCCCCCCCCCCCUUCUCCUGCUCCCAUUAAAUUAUCUUAAACCCUCAGUUUCUGUGUUGGCAACCAAAUCCAAAACUAAACAUGUGGGAUUUCAAGGAGAGGAAAUCUGUCUGGAUGCCAGGAUCAGUUGCUUUGAUUGUUUCCUCUUUUUUUUUUUUCUGUAUUAAAGAAUUGAACUCAUUUCUAGUCUUACCCAGGGCGUACUCUGUGAAGCUCCAGCACACAGGACGUGUUUUCCAAAAAACAAGGCUCAGGGGAUUGAAGAUUAAAGUGAUGAAUCACACAAAAAGGAUUUAGAGGUUGUGUUGCUCCCAUGGGGUAAAAAAAACAACACAACACAACAUCAGCCAGAUAAAAACAUCUGCAAACUGAAAAACAAGUCAGGUGAACAGGUUCUACUGUAAGACCAGCAGAGGGCGACACUGAUCCUAUUAUAAAGUGUGUUUGUGUGAUUUUAUUAAAUGUAUAUAUGGAAUGUCUGAGAUGUAAUUCUUGAUUUAUUGCACAGUGUAUUGCCAAAAGUAUGUGGACACCCCCACCUUUACAUGUCUGUGUGCGUUUUGGGAUGUUUUUAUGUGGCACUAGUUCUAAUGGGGAUAUAAAAUAAUGGUUAAUUAAAUUAGUUGCCAUGUUUGUUUUAUACUUUCAUAC